AUGCAAGAAUUUGCGAAAUGGACUAAUUUAUCAGAAACCACUUUCAUCCUGCCUUCAAAGCCUGCUGAAAUAGAAGACGAAGAUCAAGCAGAUUACUAUGUCAGAAUCUUUACGCCUUAUGAAGAAUUGCCUUUUGCUGGUCAUCCCACAUUAGGUUCAUGCCAUGUUUUUCUUAAUAAUCUUAGCAAAGACCCUAAUUAGAAAACAAUCAUUUAGGAAUGCGGUAUUGGGAAAGUGAAGUUAACAUAAGUUUCAAAAGGAAAAUUGGCUUUUAUUUGUCCUAAAAUGAUAAAAUCAGGCGAUGUUGAGAUAUCAAUGAGGGAAGAGAUCCUUAAGGAUUUGGGACUUGAUGAUACGAGUGCAGUGAUUGAUGUUUAACAUGCUGAUAAUGGACCAGGAUGGGUUUUAGUACUUUUUAAAAGCGUUCAUAAGCUAUUGGAACUAAGCCCACUUCAGAGCAAAUACUAUAUUGGCUGCGCCUCUAUAUAUUCUAAAGAAGAAUAAGAAUUUUAUAAAACUGAUUCAUCAGUUGAAGUUAGAACAUUUUGUCCUGGCAAUAAUAAUUUGCUGUUUGAAGACCCAGUUACAGGAAGUUUCAAUGCAGCACUUGCUCUCUAUCUUCAUCAAACUAAAAAGGUAUCAUUGCCUUAUACAGCCACUUAAGGCUAAUGUAUGAAAUUCAAUGGAAGACUUUCAAUCUUUCAAGAAGACGAUAAUAUAUAUGUUGGUGGAGAAGUCAAAGAUUGCAUUUCUGGAAAUGUGUUACUCUGA